UCACGUGUGUUGACUGCAGGGGGUGAGUGUCUGGCUCCGAGCAGCUCCAAUGGUAAGCCGGUAGAACACCGGUCAAAGAGCGCCACCGCUCGCUGAUGCGGCUACAUGCACAUUUCUCCUACAUCAAGUCCCCUUGACUGUCUCCUUCAUAGUGUACUCACAGGCUGAAACAGCUGAAUUUCAGCCGAGCUGGCCGCUGUCUUUGCAGUACGGGGAAAUCCAGAAAAUAGGGACCUUGCAAUGAUCUCGCUGGACUUGAAUUUCAACAUUUUGACAAGGGACCUGUCGCAUUAUGUCGAAAAUCAAGUGAAAGUUGGGCUGUUCGGUUCGGGAGUAGGACUGUCUCUGGUGCUGGGCUUUAGCGCAGCAUACACCUGCUACUAUCUGAUUUCAGUAGCGAAGAAGCCACAGCUCAUCUCCGGGGGCAAGAAGUUCUAUCAGUUUCUGAGGGAGCAAUGUCCAAUAGUAUCCGAGACCUACUACCCGACCUUUUGGUGCUGGGAGAGCCGCAUCCAGACUCUGCUGAGACCCUUUGUCACAGCCAAACCCGGGGUUGUUUACAGAAAUGAGCUUAUUAAGGCAGCAGAUGGAGGACAGAUCUCUUUGGAUUGGUUUGACAACGAUGACAGCCCCUCUCAUCCCGAGCCUGCCACCAGGCCCACAGUCCUCCUUCUCCCUGGUCUGACUGGCACCAGCCGAGAGUCUUAUAUCCUGCACAUGGUCCAGCAGAGCCGGGACCUGGGCUAUAGAUGUGUGGUAUUCAACAACAGAGGAGUCUCUGGUGAAACACUACUGACCCCGAGGACCUACUGUGCAGCCAACACAGAGGAUUUGGAGACCGUUAUCGAGCACAUCCAGAAGACCAAUGAAGCUGCUCCAGUCAUGGCUGCUGGAGUAUCCAUGGGCGGGAUGAUGCUGGCCAACUACUUGGGGCGCAAGGGCCAGGAAACCUGCCUGAAAGGUGUCAUAGUCUUCUCAGCAGGCUGGGAUGUAUUUGAGUGCACCGCCUCACUGGAAAAACCCCUGGACCGUUUGCUCUUCAACUCCUACCUCACCAGCUGCCUACAAGCUUCUGUUCAUAGACACAGACCAGUGCUUGAAAAGUGUUAUGACAUUGAUCAUGUCAUGAAGGCAAGGACCAUCAGAGAGUUUGAUGAGAGGUUCACCUCUAUAAUGUUCGGUUAUCCCACCAAUGAUGACUACUACCGUGAUGCCAGCCCUGUUCACAAGCUGAAAUCUGUCCAGGUGCCAAUGCUGUGUCUGAAUGCUGCUGAUGAUGUCUUCUCCCCUUCUCAUGCCAUUCCAGUGGAGGCAGUGAAACAGAACCCUAACUUGGCCCUGCUCAUCACCUGCCACGGUGGCCAUAUUGGUUUCCUCGAGGGCCUGUGGCCUCGGCACAGCACUUAUAUGGACCGAGUUUUCAAGCAGUUUGCUAAGGCAGUCAUCGAACAAGGCAGCCGACUCAACGACCUCUCCUGAUAAGAGCCUCUCUUAUUUAUUUCUUCUUUCUUUUCUUCCUUCCUUUAAUCCUUCAUUUUUUCCAUCCACCUUUCCUUACUGUAUUUCAUCCUUUAUUCCUUCUUUUCAAUCCUUGCCCUUCAUCCCUCCUUAAUGCAUUCCGGCCAUCCUUUUCCCCUCCCUCUCCGCCUGGUACAGUUCUUUUUCCCCUUCAUUUCCCUGACUUUAUUUUGUCUUUGACCUCCAUCCUUCCGCCCCAUUCUUCCUCCAGCCACAAGCAAAAAAAAAACGUCCUUCUCAUUUGAAGGACACAUCUUAUUGAACGCAGUGUUUGUGUUGCAUUCAACAUUCAUUUAUUCCAUACACAAGUCAUUGUAUGUGAUCAUGCUCUCAAUGGUGUGCUUUUUAAAAAACAAACACAGUUGUUCAUGUCACUGUUGAAAUGCUGAAUAUGUGCCCAUAUUGCUUAGUUGAAUUAGCUAGCAAAAAAAAAAAUGUGAUUACCUUGUGCAAUCAUUUUCUUUUGAAGUUAACAAGUACUGUACAUGAAAAUAGUCAUCACUGUUCAUGAAGCAUUUAGUACUUAUAUCAGUAGGAUUUUAGCCCUCAGGGAUUUUCUUUAUUUAUUCAUUUCCUGUCUGUGUAAUUUUGUUUUGUCAUCCUCCUUUAGUUUGUAUUUUCAUUAUUUAAACGUUGAUGUUAUCGUUUACCACUUGGCAUACGGUUGUUUGCUUCUGUAAAGUAAUAGUUUGAUGUUACAGGAAAUAUGCUUUUUUGUUUUCUUGCAGAGAGUUAGUUGAGAAGAUUGACACUACUCUUACGCCAGUUUGUUAAAUAUGAAGCUAUAGUCAGCUGUCCAUUAGCUUAGCUUAGCAUAAAAACUGAAAAGAGUGGGGAAAGGCUAGCUUUUCUCUGUCCAAAGGUUAAAUAAUAAAAAAAAAAAUCUGAAUACCAGAGGUAGUAGGUGGAUUUUGUUUCCUUUGGAUAUGUCCAUGCUAGCUGUUUCUCCCUGAUUCUUUGUUUAUUAAUUUCAUUCAGUGUAUGAAAUGAUGUCCCAAAGGCUGAACAGAACAGUAUAUCAGUUCCAUUAGGAUUUUCUUUGCAUGUGUGUGUGUGUUCUUGUACUUGAUAUAUAGUGAGGACCAAUAAAAACAUUUUUUUUUGUUACAGUGUGAGGACAUGUUGACUGGUCCUCACUUUCUGAAACAGCUUUUUGAGGGUUAAGACUUGGUUAAAGGCUUCAGGUUAGACUUAGGUUUAGUGUUAGGUAUUAGGGGAAGGGUUAAGGUUAGGCAUUUAGUUCUGAUAGUUAAGGUAAGGGUAGGGGGCAUGCAUUAUGUCAAUGGGUGU